AUGCAGUCCCCUCGAGAAGAGCCACUGCGACAAGCACAGCUGUCGAGGCACAUCCUCUCGGCCAGAACAAGCACAGAGUUCGAGGUCACGCUGCGCCCUUCCCCGUCAGGGGCACGUUGCCGGCAGGAAGAACAGAAGAUGCAGGCUCAGGUCAACAACAAGUCUAUGCCCUACCUGAGCCUGCGCUCUCCACCCCCCAGGGACUCCCACCGUGGCUACAACGGCGACCUGUCCCCAGAUGAUCCUAAGUCACUACAGGGACAGAGACAGUGGCACUGGCACUAUCUGAGCAUGGGCAGAUCUCGGCUGUCCCCUUGCAGGCACAACAGCUGGGAACCCGAAGAGAACAUCCUCGACCCCCGGCUGCUCCUCGCCUUCCAGAAGAAGGAACACGAGAAGGAGGUGCAGAAUCGGAAAAGGGGCAAGCGGCCCAGGGGCAGGCCCAGGAAGCAUGUGGAACCAGAGGUGCCUCUGAAAACCAAGUCGAGUAGCUCCUCUUCCUCGACCUCCUCCUCCUCCUCUUCCUCCGAUGAGGACGAUGAGAGCGACUUGGAGGCAAAGAGGGGCCUUCGGGGCAGAGAGAGCCAUCCGGUGCCACAGAAGAAAGCUCAGAUCCUAGUGGCCAAGCCCGAAGCCAAGGACCCCGCCAGGAAGAAGCGUGGGCGGAAGCCUCUCCCGCCAGAGCAGAAAGCAGCCAGGAGGACGGUGAACCUGGCAAAGGUGCUGAAAACCUCCCGGAAGGAGGUGGGUGGUGGCGCUAAGCCGCUGGGCAAACCGCAGCCUCAGCACAGUGCCCAGGCCUCGGGUCUCGCUGUGCUCAAGGCGCACAUGAAAGAGCCCCAAGGGGCGCUCGCCGGGCUUGGCUCCGGAGGCCCGGCGGCAGAGACCCUUCCCGGGAUGAUGAAGGGCUCCUCGGGGAGCCCCAACCGCGGGAUCAGCUGGCAGAGCUCCAUUGUCCACUACAUGAACAGGAUGGCCCAGAACCAGGCCUCUGCAGAGGGCUCACCGGCGGGGAGGCUGGCGCUCAAGGCACAGGCUGCCGGCAAGAGCAGCCUAGGGCUGGACUUGAAAAUGAGGCACCAGAAGGGAGCGGGGGAGCCGGGGCUUAACACGCAGGGAGCCAAAGCCUCCAAGGCGCCCACCGGGGGGGAUCAGAAGGCGGGAUGCGCUGGGGGCUCUCAGGGCCUGCACAAUGGCAGCAAGGCCCCGGCUGGCUCGCCUGUCCCCGGCAGCCAGGAGCUGAACCUUCAGGCUUUAAACUUGCAGAGCGUCAAAAAUAGGCAGAACGCGGCCGGCGGCAGCAGCCUCCCUCGUCACGGUUGUGGAGCUCAGACCAAGAGCACCGGCGCCGGCGGGGCUGGGAACGCGAGCAGCGCGGCUGCGAAGGGCGGCGGGGCCAGCGCGGGACUGCCACCAGCCACGGACAGCUGCAAAAGCGAGAAGCACGUGCCCCGAGCAGGUGCCGGGGACAGAGACUCGACCAAAAGCAGCCCGCCGUGCACGCAGGAGGGGCAGGCCGGGACGGAGAGCCGCAAGCCUUCGGCGCUCUCCGAAGCGAGCACGGGGGAAGAGACCAGCUCCGAUUCGGACCGGGAUUCGGCCUCCUUCCCCAGCGUGGGCCAGAACAUGUCGGUCUCCAUCCAGACCAGCCAGGACUGGAAACCCACCCGCAGCCUGAUCGAGCACGUCUUUGUCACAGACGUGACAGCCAACCUGAUCACGGUGACAGUCAAGGAGUCUCCCACCAGCGUGGGGUUCUUCAAUCUCCGGCAAUACUGAGCCCGGGAGCGGGGCGCGGGGGAGUGGGUCCCCACGCCCUCCCCCACCGGCCGGGCCCCCUAGUUGUAGCAGGUUUUUCUUUCCUUAAGUGAAUGGCAGUGGGACUCACUCGGGGAGGCAGAAAUCAGCCCCUGCCCCUAUAAGCAGCUGGCUGAGCCGCACCUCCCAGCCUGCAGUGAAGUGUCCUGCCAUUCCCAGCCAGGGUUGCUCUUGGUUCGUGGUCGCUAUAUCUGCGCAGACUUCCUGGAACCAGCAGCGAUUCGGGAAGAGGAGGAGGAUACAGUGAAACCUGUUAACAGCCACCAAGGGGGAGCAAUGCCCCUAUUUUUUUUUUUCCAGUUUUCGGAGCAGGUGGCCCCACAAUGGAAGUGGCUAUUCUCUGGGGACAGAGGCUGGCCUGCUACUGAAGGGGACUGGCCAGCAAGUGGCUGCUGAGCCAGGUUUCACUGUACUUGGAUUUCUUUGCUCUGCAGCUUGAAAUGGCAGAACACAAAGCACGCAGCUGUCCAGACAGCUGGGGGCAGGGACGUGAGGCCAUGCCAUGUGGCAGCUCCCUGUUGCAAGGGGAGUUCCCUUUUCCUCCAGGCAUCGCGCCAAACCUAGCCCUCCGCUCCCAGGAUGGUCCGAGUCGGUCCAAACCAUAUGGGCCACUUCCCCAGCACUCAGCAUGCCGCUGAGGGGGUUGUCCGUGCACGUGGGGGGUUUUCAGGGUACACGAAGCUCCUGGGCUGUGUUGCUUCCACGAGGAGUGUGAAACGACCGCUGUUUCUGUUAGCAGCCUCUGGUGGUGGUUUCCCAAUGAAGUGGAAAUGUUGUUUACAUGUCUCAGUCUGGGGGAGCCUGCCAGACUGUGCUUGCUGCCACGGGCACGACCAGACCUCAGGGUGUACCUCUUUCCAAGCAGUGGAGACUGGCAGUCGGCGCCGCAUCUCCAAGUGGUGAGGGGUGCUGCAGGCAUGCAGCACCCGCUCACAGCAGGUCCUCGCUUGGUAGAGGUUGGAUGCAGCGUGAGCUGCUGCAUUGCUUUUGCUUUUGCUUGCUUGCUUGCUGUGAAUCUGGAUGCGAGGAGAAGAAGAAAAGUCCAGGCCUGGGAACCCAGCUGGAAGCAAGGCCUUCUCCUUGUCCUGGUAUCACUUGUGCUCUGCCUCACCUUCUGCAGUCUGCUGUGCAGGUGGAGUUUCUUCAGGUGCCUGCACGAAGCAUGCUUUGAAGCAUGUGUAUGACAUGACCUAGCACCUGCAAAUGCAGCUGACAGGGUUUAACCUGGUUCGUGUGCGUAUGCCUUCAGGGCUGCCCCGGGCUGGAGACCACCCGCUGUCCGAACACCCCUGCCAUCACUCCUCUAAGGCUGAGUGGCAGACAGCUUGGCAAUGUGACUUGCUGCCGUCCUUGAUGCGAAUGUCAGUUCAGGGGAGACGAUAGGACUGAAGCCAUGGUGCAGCUGAGCAGCGAGAAGCAGCUGACAGCAGCAAAGCAUGGUGCAUCGAUAGUUGAGGCUGAGCACCUGUGUCUGGUGGGCUCCGGGGGGCUCUUUGGAGGCAGGACGCGGAAAGUUCAAUGCUGCUGCAGUGGUGCCGAGUGCCUUCCACUGCCACUGACUGUGGGGGGAGGACACCGAGAACCCCUUGGGGUCACGCCAGAAGUCACUGGGAUGUGAAGAGAGAGCAGCUCCCAUCCUCUCAGCAGCAGUGCCAGGGAACAGCCUCUGAAGAGGGGCUUCUUGCAUCCUGCGCUCACUAGUCUUUGGCAUUGUAGGGCUGAGCUCCUCUCCUGGAUGUGUGGUUGAGGCAGUCCGGAGAACCGCUGGGGCUGCUGGUGGACUCCAAGGCAGCCCUAUGAAUAUUUGUGGCUAGACAGACUGCGGGCCCAGCCCAGCAGGUGCACAUGUCCAGCUUCUGCAUCUGAAUUUUGCUUGCCAGGUCGCUGCCCCAGUGCCGUGGCCUUGGGGUGCACCCGUUGGUAAGCCACUGCAUGGAGCACUGGCUGCUUGGUACACACGGGGGAGUAGUGAAAUGCUGUCUGCUCACAGCACCCUGGACCCUGCAUCCCUUGUCUUGGGGGCAGCAGGAUGUGUGGUUGUAUGCAGCAUAUAUUGUUGCAUUCCUGACCCCAUCAUCACUGAGACAGAAUUUGCUGGGCUGGUCUGCCCCGUGCCCUGGGGCUGCCUGGCUGUGCUGCUGUGCUCUCAGCUGGGGCAGUAAGUCAGCGUGGUGUCUGACUGACCCAUGUCUUCACGGUGCUUCGUUCUUUGGUUUGUGUGCUGCCGCGUCUGAACUCCAGACAUCACUGAGGGAAGAUUCCCUGGCUACAGAAAUGCCUCCCGGUUGAAUUUGCAAACUUCCCUCUAAGAUUUUUCUUUUGCAAAUCCUCAGCUGCGGGCCCGGUUUGAGCUGACAACCUCCACGAAGCCUUGUAAGGAUGCUGCUGCUCUUGGACGGUUCCCCGCGGAUAGCUGGGACUUCCUUCUGCCCCUUCAUUACUCAGUGACUCUUCUUGACGCUAGAGGCCUUGCUCGCAUCUCCCUUGCAGAGCUGCUGCUCCAUCAAUCAACCUUGAGAGCUGAGGGAGUUGCUUCAGGUUCCCUGCUAACCUAGGGCUCUUAGCCACUGUAGCUGGCUGCAUUAGGGGACCGCGGCGCUCGGAGACAUGUGGGGCCACGUGGGUCAGACGAGAGUUUUGUCCACGUGCGUGGCUGGUAAGGACCAAGUUGCCUUGGAACUCCAUGGUGCCAAAAAGUUGUUGUCUGUUGACCUCAUCGUUUAAACUCAGCCAAAUGAACUUCUGCUCUGAGACGUUCAAGGAAAAAAACCCGGCUUGUAGCUUCAGAGCUCCCUGCUCGUGGCCUUCACCAGCUGUGUCCUGAAGUCCAGGCCGCGAGGACGGCGGAAGGCCCUUUCCUGCUGCAGCGAACGGGGGAUGUGGGCUGUCAUGGGGGCAGCGCCUGGCUGUUUUCCCCACACACCAAAUAUUGACUACUUGGCCUUUGCAAAUCCAAACUAACCUACAAUGUGCCUUUGGAUCUCUCCUAUUCAGCUUCGCCCAUGACGCCCGUCUCUGACGACUGUUUUGUGCCUAGGUAAAGUUGGCUGUGGGGGGAGAGCACACCUGGUCCCCAGCAUUCGCGCGGCUCCCAGGUGGAGGCAGCUGCUGUGCAUCCCAGGGGAGCUGCCCCUCACCUUCCCGAGCUUGGCACCUGAAUGCCUGCGGAGGAAGAGGGCCCCAGCGGGGUUUAAACUCUGAAACGCUCAAUGAAGGCUGGGGACUGGCAUGUCUAACCAAGACUGAAAAGAGCCCUUGCCGAGCAGAGGAGCGGGCAGGCUGGUGUGAUCAGCUGCAGCCUGCCCUGUUUUCACCUGCUUUAGUCUCUAGUCUAACCAAGCUCUGGUAGGAUGCCCCUUUCCGGGAUGCCGGCGUACACUGCAGUGUACUUCGCAGGACGGCCCCGUCCAGUCUCCCUUCGGAGGGCUUCUCGGGGUUCCUGACUUUGGGCACCUGUCAGUACAAAGGGGGGGUGCCCCUUCCCCUCCCCACUGCCCCCCACACAGAGCGUGCUCCUCUAGUGCCAGAGCCUGCUCUGCCAACUCCAACGUUGUGCCUUUCUGCUCACCAGCUCUUUCAAUCCCAAAGUUAUAGCAACUGUGAAAGUGAUAAUCGGGAAACGCCUUCCUACCAUCAUCUCUGUCUGCCCUCCCCCCCCAUCCCUACCCUCCAGCCUGGUAUUAAACCUACCAGCUCCCUGCGCCUUGCUCCGUGCGCCCGUGUGAGUGAGUUUGACUUUGCAGUUGGCCUCUCCAAGGCGAAGCUGAGAAUUUAAUUUAAUUUAAUCUUUUUUUGUGGACUGAAGUUCCUAGCUGGUGCUAACCGUGUUUACCAAUAAAUAACAUUAGUAUUCAAGGUCGCCUUUUUUUUUGUUUGUAAGAAUUUGCUGCUGUGCGUUUGAGUGUUGAGUUGCCUGUCAAGCAUCCCAGCAGAGCUCAGCUCUUGCAGGUGAGAGGGCGCGAUAGCGAACGGGUCUCAGCCUGGCCGACCCGGGUGAAGCUACCUGCUCCUGCCCAGCGGACUAAAGAGGGGGCCGCUUCAGUCAUCCCCUGUAGAAGC